AUGGAAAAAUCGAAAUCAAACAUCAGUCAGAUACAUGCCCCAACAUAUGGGAAUCUAAUAACCAUUCUAAGCAUUGAUGGAGGAAUUAGAGGAAUUAUUCCUGCUAUUAUCCUCAGCUCCUUGGAGUCAGAGCUUCAGAAACUUGAUGGCGAGGAUGCAAGGAUUGCAGACUAUUUUGAUGUGAUUGCAGGAACGGACACUGGUGGUCUUGCGGCGGCAAUGUUAGCUGCACCAGAUGAAGAUAACCGCCCUCUCUUCGCAGCAAAAGACAUAAAAUCCUUUUACCUAGUAGAAAGCCCCAAAAUUUUUCCACAAUAUGGAGGAAUUUUGGCACCAAUCAUGAGGAUGGCUAGAGCUCUAUGGGAACCCAAGUACACUGGAAAAUAUCUUCAUAAACUUAUCAGGGAAAAUCUAGGAAGUACACGAUUGCACCAAACAUUAACUAAUGUGGUUAUUCCAACUUUUGAUAUCAAGCGGCUCCACUCCACCAUUUUCUCCAGCUAUGAGGUGAAGCGUAAGAGCUCUCUGAAUGCGCAGCUUUCUGACAUCUGUAUUGGUGCUACUGCAGCACCCACUUACCUCCCAUCCCAUUACUUUGAAACCAAGGAUGCUGAAGGGAAUGUGAGAGAGUUCCACCUCAUCGAUGGAGGCGUUGCUGCCAAUAAUCCAGCAUUGAUUGCAAUAGGAGAAGUAACGAAGGAGGUGCAUAAAGGGAACCCAGAUUACUUCCCCUACAAACCUAUGGACUACCGCAAACUUCUACUCAUAUCACUGGGGACUGGUUCGACAAAGGUUGAAGAAAGGUACAGCGCGAAACGGGCAAGCAAAUGGGGAGUUCUGGGGUGGUUUCUUAGCAGCGGAUCCACGCCUUUGGUGGAUGUGUUCAUGCAAUCAAGUGCUAACAUGGUUGACAUCCACAUUUCGGUGGUCUUUCAAGCUCUUCGCUCUGAAUCAAAUUAUCUUCGGAUUGAGGAUGAUACAUUGAGUGGGACUAUAUCUUCUGCUGAUGUCUCCACGAAGGACAACUUAGAGGAUCUCGUGAAGAGGGGUGAGCAGUUGUUGAAGAGGCCAGUCUCAAGGGUGAAUUUGGAGACCGGUGUGUUUGAACCAGUUGGAAAUGGAGAAGGAACAAAUGAAGAUGCUCUUAGAAGGUUUGCUAAACUACUCUCGGAUGAAAGAAGACUUCGUGAGUCAAGAUCCCCGCAUGCGAGAUCGCCCAUAAAACAUUAA